CGAUGAACGACCUACCGAUUUGUAUUCAGGAGGAACCGUUCUCUAUGAGAAAUAUAUUAAAUAAUGGAACAUCGGAUGUUGUCCAGUAUUCUACACCACCUUCAACCUAUGAUAUAUCUUAUCCGUAUCAUUUUACGGAUAACUAUUCCGAAUAUCAAAACGGAGAUGUCUAUCCAAGAAUAACCGCUUCUUAUUUUAAUAACGAAUCUCAGUAUUAUGGCAAUAGAGAUUCAAGCUUUCUUCCUACUCCCCCACCAUCGAUUUCAACGGCUAAUCAGACGCCAAAGAAAAAAUCUGAUGCCGAUAAUCCAAUGUCAAAAAUUGAUCCAGAAGAAUGUCAUCUGCUGAGGCAAAGAUCAAAACGUAAACCUCGAGUUUUAUUUUCACAAACUCAAGUUUUUGAAUUAGAAAGGAGAUUUAAACAGCAAAAGUAUUUAAGUGCACCGGAAAGAGAUCAAUUAGCAAGGGCUCUUAAAUUAACGUCUACUCAGGUUAAAAUCUGGUUUCAAAAUCGUCGUUACAAAAUGAAAAGACAGAAGCAAGACAGAACUUUAGAGUUAACAGCAAUGCAAUCUCCAAGAAGAGUAGCCGUUCCCGUAAUUGUAAGAGACGGAAAAAAUUGUGUCGGAGCACCAACGUAUCAAACAUCCUUCUUCUCUGGAUAUCCGCCCCCGCCUCCACCUAUACACCCAUCUCCACAUGCUCCACCAACAUCGUCGGAACUUUAUAUGUCAAGUAUUCAUCCUAACGGCAUAAGAGCUUGGUAAUUGGUUAUUUUUUUGGCGGGAAAGUUACAUAAAAAUAGCAAAUAUUUAGUUAAAGAAUUAAAAAAAAACGUAUUUUUAAACUUUCAAGAGGAAAAAAACUGCAGAGUAUAAAAGAUAACGAAUAUUACUUAAAAACGUCUAUGCCUUUUAUGUACUUUAAAAGAUGGUGUAGGUGUGUACAGAGCUUUAUAAUUGGAUAAAAUAUUAUAUUUAUAUUUAUAUAUUGUAUAUUUUCAUAGCUACAUGAAUGUUUAAACGUCGUCUCUGUCUCUCAUCUGUAUUUCGCCACUUCUCUCUCUCUCUCUCUCUCUCUCUCUCUAACUCUCUCGCUCUAUCUAUCCAUCUAUCUCAAUCCAUCUCUCUCUAUCUACCUAUCCUUUUUCCUAAUACUCUUUAUUUUGUUGUAUAAUUAAUUAAAAAAUAAAAAUAUAGAGAAAAAAAUAUCCAUUAUAAUUAGAAAAGGUUAUCCAUUAAUUUGUUAAUUUAUUGAUCAUUUAGCACUUUAAUACUUUCUUGUUUUUAUUUAUUUUGUUACUUAAAAUAAAAUUAUUUCAAUAAGCUAAAAAAUAAGAGAAAAUUGUUAUCGUGUUAAACGUUCACUCGUAUCCUUUUACCGUGUCAUCUUUACGCCUUAAGAAUAUCGUGUCAAUUGUCAUAAAGUAAUGUUUAUACAGUAUCAUUCAACAACAAGAAAUAUAAUAUGAACUAUAUACAUGCUAAUCUGUUUUACAUUUAAAAGAGAA